AUGGGUGGCGUUCCAUCCGUGCCCCAGGACCCGACGCGGUCGCUCAAAGUCAUCGGCGCGGGAUACUCGCGCACCGGGACCCUUUCGAUGGCACUGGCGCUGGAGAAGCUCCUUGACGGGCCGGUGAUGCACGGCGGCUCCCAAUUGCUCGGACGAGAAGACGCAUACGUCAAGCUCUGGUCCGACAUCUUCGCCGCCCGCCACGAUCGGCCGCGCCUCUUGAAGCUCCUCCGCGAAGCCACCGCCGGGUUCGUAGCCAUCACCGACGCGCCGGGCAAUUGCUUCGUCGCCGAGCUGCUCGAGAUAUACCCCGACGCCGAGGUGGUGUGCGUGCGACGCGACCGCGCGACGUGGUGGAAGAGCUGGGAGCCGGUCACCAAGCAGGCAGGACAGGGCUUCCUGAACUGGUUCCUCGCGCCGGUGCCGGGCAAGAGGUGGUAUCCGAAGCUCGUGACGCAAUUCUCAGAGCAACAGGAGGAGAAAUGGGGGCCGAUGACUGAGAACCGCAUGGACGAGCACAACGACUACGUCAGAGAGGUGACUCCGCCGCCCAAGUUUCACAUGAUGGAGCUGCGCGACGGAUGGCGCCCCCUCUGCGAGGUGCUCAACAUGGACGUCCCGGACGAACCCUUUCCGCGAGCCAACGAUGCUGAGGCGGUUAAAGGCCUAGAGGGCCAGAUACUGGUCGAGGCGGGAUCUAGGUGGGGUGUCGUGCUUGCCAUUGUUGGUGUUGUUGGCUACGCCUGUUGGCUGGCCGUCAAGACGAAGUGA